GGCGGCUACUAAUCACUGCUAGUCAUCGUCGGAGAGGGGGCUGGCAAACUCGAGGCUCCUCCCGUGCAGCGCUUUAGAGCUGUCUGAGGGCCGCUGCUUUAUGAGGGGAGAUGAAAAACUUUGUGUGGCUUCUUGCAGCUUCAGCGUCGAAGAGCAGCAGCAGCAGCAGCCGCCGUCGGAGAGCCCCAAUCUAACUGAAUGGAUUGGCAUGGGGAGAAGCGGACCUUUCAACCUGGCUAAGCUGCAGCUCUGGAACUGGAUUUCCCUUGUGAUGCUUUCCCUCUGUCUGCUGUUCCGACCAGUAUACUGUCAGACAUGUCGGAUCCAGCGAUGUAAUGCUGAGUACGUGGCCUCUUCCUCCCCCUCCGGCAGUCUUCAGGAAGAGUUCCUCCCAAACGUGGACUACUGCAUCGCCCUGAGGGCCUACUCACUGUGCACCAGGCGCACUUCCCGUGGCUGCAGGGGAGACCUGGUCUACCAUUCGGCUGUCUUCCGCAUCAAGGAGCUCUUUGUCCAGCACAACUGCUCCAGCGACGGCCCUACUUCUUCAGCCAAAGCCCCCAGCACUUCCAGGCCGGCCGUGGUGGACUUGUGCGACUAUGAGAGCCGGGCACUGGCCUCUGGUCCUGCGGCGCAGCAGAAGAAGUACGGCCACUGUGGAUUAUUCGGGGACCCCCACUUACGGACAUUCAGAGAUGAGUUCCAGACGUGUAGAGUCGAGGGUGCUUGGCCGCUCAUACAUAACCGCUACCUGUCGGUGCAGGUCACAAACGUGCCGGUUGUGGAAGGAUCAAGUGCAACAGCAACUAAUAAGAUAACAGUCAUAUUCAAAUCCUACCACGACUGCACUGAACAGAAGGUGUACCAAGCCACCACGGAGGACCUACCGUCAGCCUUUCAAGAUGGCACUCGCAGUGGCGGGAAAGGGGGCAGCCUUUGGAUAGUGGAGGAUGGCGGUGGGGGCUCAGGCGGGCGGCAGGUCAUGAUUCAGGCCCGCUACCUGGGUGCCUCCAUCAUCGUGCGUCAGGUGGGCCGCUACCUGACCUUCGCCAUCCGCAUCCCAGAGGAGCUAGCGGAGGAGAAUGGCGGUCUGCAACUGUGCCUGCAUGGCUGUCCCCGCAGCGAGGUCAUAAAGGCCCAUGUGCUGACCCGACAGCAGAGCCUCCGUCCACCGCGACUCCUCGGCUCCUGGUAUGAGCAGGAGGACGAGGAAGGGGGCGGAGGGGAGCUGCAGCCGGGCUCAGCCCCCCAUGCUGACAUGCUGGAGCGCGCCACUACCAAGUGCAGAGAGACGCUGCAGGUGGAGGACGUUUACUUCCAGUCAUGCGUCUUUGACAUCCUCACCACUGGAGACCUGGAGUUCUCCAUGGCUGCUUACGGGGCCUUGGAGGAUCUGAAGGCACUUCCUCCCAGCACGCUGAAGCAAAGUUCACCAAGGACUCCACACGUGUAUAACAGAGCCACUUCAGUAUCAUCAUCCUUCCUUGUCACUCUCGUCUUGGUGUUUCUCCUGCUGAAGUGACCAUGAGCGAGAGCUUGAAUUGCCAGACUGCUCUGUUGAAACUGCUCUUAUGAAUUCUAACAGUUGAUUUCAUUUAGGAGAAGCACUCUCAUUAAACAUUUGUAACCCUUGAAGAACUGAAUCCAAUCCAUAGAAACUGCAGGAGGGCAUGUCAAAAAACAAACAAACAAAAAAAAAACACAAGACAGUAAUUCAACACUUUUUGCAUGGUGUUGUGUGGAAUUAUGUUUUAAUGCUACACAUUUUUCUGAAGGGGACAUUACAGUCUAUGAAUGCAGAGGGCAGCUAAUUAGGAUAGCUUCUUGAUUCUCAUUAUCAAGUAAAUCUCAGUAGGCUGGACAGUUUUUGUAACAGCACUAUUUCAGUGUUUUUUAAGUGAUGCUCACUAAUGUGAGACCAUAGGAGGAAUAUAAAUGAAACAUGGAAAUGGCUCUUCGAUGGACUUGUUUAUACAGAUACUCUGACUCCGUUUACACCUGCUCAUUUCAUGUCUUCAGUAUCAGGAUUAUAUCCAGUUAUAGAUUAUCCACUUAAAAAUGCAGAUGUGCAUGCACCUGCAUUUAACAGAGAUCUGAUCAAUUAAAUCUAAAAUCUGAUCACUCAAACCACUUCAGGCGGUGGUCUGAGAUGCAUUUUAAGCCGUCAACAUUUCAAGCUAGUUAAGGUAAUGUGUCAGAUCAGUUUAUGUAUCAUUUUAUAUAUUAAAAUCGCAAAAGAGUGCAGUUUUCAAAUCGUAAAAAGCUGUAUUUUUUUGUUUACGCCUCUUAACAAGGAGACGUUUAAACUUAACACGGAUACUGUUGAUUGUGCACGGCUGAGCGAUUGGGAAAUGUCUCAAAUUGCGAUUUUUCUGACUGAGAUUGUCCCUGAGAUUUCAAUUUAAUUGUGAUUAAUUUCUGUAAAUUAAGGGUCCAGGCUUGUUUUUGACCACUAAGACCUGCAGAUUCACGAUGCGCUUGAACACUGUGCACUUGGCUGCCAGUUAGAUGUGAUUGUGAUAUUAUAACACAUUCUUGGCAACACGACCACAACUAACUGGCAGUCUGGUACACCAUGUUCAGUGUUCAAACCUCCAAGCCAGAAAAAGUGGUCUUCUUUGCCAAAAGCAGGAUUGGGCCUUAAUUUAUAAACAGUAAUUAAAUUUUAAAUUGCAGUCACAGUAUUGGUCAGAAACAGUGCAAAUGCACUUAUUGUUAUUCACUGUCUCAUUAUAGUAUAUAUUGCGUUUUAAUAUAUAUGAUUCAUGACCACGACAACAAAUACAGGAAACUAGUCAUUCUGCCUAUGUAAAGCUGUUGGAAGUAAAUUAAUAUCAUCAUAUUCAAGGUAACAACCAUCUUUUUACCAGAACAAGAUAAAACAAGGUACAACACAUGUGAUUGACUAUUGCAUAUGAGCUGAAAUUGCAUAUUUAGCCGUCAGAUUUCAAUCUAACUGGAGACACAUUUGACAACAAAGUAAAUACGCAAGGACUCAUCAGGUUACAAUCCAGAACACGUCACAUGAAAUGACCAGGUGUAAGUGGGGUCUGUGUCGGUCUUCCUGGUUUGAAUUUGGCACUUAGUCACCACCUUUUACAAUAAGUAGGUUACCGAAAUAGGAUCCAACAACUGAUCGGAAAUACUACCUAUCCAUACGUCUGGUUCUGGGUUGAUGACUUUCGUCAAGAAAGCAACAGGUACAGUAUAAAAACACUCAAUCUUCAAGCUGCUUUGCUUCCAGCAUUAAUGUUUAAGGUUAAGAAACAAAUUCUUUAUAUAAUAAUAUAUUGAAAGAGUGUAUAUAUGUGUUUUAUAAUGUACAUUCACCUGUGUAUAGAUGAUUUUAAAUGUGAUGUUUUGCAGCUGUUUUACUUUAGAUGUUUUUUUUAACCGUGUAAGACGUAACUAAUAUGUAAUCGUUCUCUUCCCAAUUAAAACAUUGUUGCGACACCUAU